AUGGCGGUCGAUCCUCCCUCAUUUUUGCAUCUUGCGCGGCCUCUUGCGCCCACGGUAAUCGGUGUCCAGCCCACUACUGCGCCAGUAAAUGUCAUAAUCCAGCCACAAGCAAUCUUCUCGAUCCUUGACCACGCUAUCCGACGAGAUAUCCGGGACACGCAAUCCACACGAGUUAUCGGAGCCCUGCUUGGCGUACGCUCAGAAGAUGGCAUGGAAGCUGAAGUUCGAAAUUGCUUUGCGAUCCCGCACACGGAGAACGAAGAUCAAGUUGAAGUGGACGUUGAAUACCAAAAGAAUAUGCUUGCUUUGCAACUUAAAGCCAACCCGAGGGAGGUUUUGCUGGGAUGGUAUACCACCAGUCUUGACCUGAACAGCUUCAGCGCCCUGAUUCAGAACUUCUUUGCGAGCCCGGAGACCGGAACUUUCCCUCAUCCUUCUAUCCAUGUGACUGUUUCAACGGAUCCGGGGAAAGGAAUCGAGGCCAAGGCAUACAUCAGUGCGCCCGUGGGGGUGAACGCCGAGCGUGCUUCUGAGAGCUGCCUCUUCCUUCCAGUUCCAUACGAUAUCCGAUACAGCGAAUCCGAGAAGAGUGGACUUGAGUUAAUCUCUGGUGCAAAGGAUAGCGAGAGCCGUGCUGCUCCAGUAGUCUCAGAUAUCGAGGGACUUGAGCGGGCCGUUGACCAAGCUCUCGAUCUCCUCGAGCGGGUUGCCGAGUACGUUAAUUCUGUGUUGGAUGAGGAAAGGCAGCCUUCAAAUCCGCUGGGACAGUUUUUGAUGAAUGCCUUGUCGUUGGCGCCAAAGGUUGACCCUGAAGUGAUUGAGAGAGAUUUCAAUAACCACGUCCAGGAUGUGCUUGUUGUUUCAUACCUUGCAAACACCAUCCGCACCCAGAUUGACCUUUCCCAGAGACUCGCGACCGCUACUCUCACUAUGGGUGGUUCUGAUGCCUUAGCGUCAACUGGUGGAGGGGAAGGCGGCGAGAAAGGCGGCCAGCGAGGCGGAAAGCGUGGUGGACGUGGAGGUGGUGGACGCGGUGGACAGCAAAGGGAACCAAGAGAGCCAAACGAGUAA